GUUGUCCGCGCGAGGCUUCCGUGGAUCACGUGGUCCCCGGUAAAUUAGGAGUGGGGGGGGGAGGGAAGAUGGCGUCUGGCGGUGGGACUCGGAGCGGAGACCCGGCCGAGGAGGAAGACGGCUCUCAGAAUACGGGGGUUGCCCCAGCACCACGACCAGCAGCAACAGCUGCACCGCCUUCGGACAGUGGUGUAGGUGGGACUACACCACCAUCUCCUCCUGUUCCACUGCCACCCAUCUGCCCUUUACCCCCUAAAUCUGAACCCCGGCCGAUUGAGACCCAGGGAAGAGCGGCCCCCGAUUCGGGAAAGCCACAGGCAGCAAUACCAGCAGCAGCAAGGAAUGUAGCACAAGCGGAAGCACGGGUGACGGGUGCGGCAGUGCCACAGAUGGUGGCACUCGGAACGACAGUGGCAGAGACGGCAGAAGCAGACGUGACAGCAGUCCCAGCGUCGGCAGUGGUGCCAACGGUGGUUGUGGCGGAGGACGGGGUAUCCGAUGAGGUGGUAGCGCCAGCAAUCAAGGCUGCACCGUUAACAUCGGCUGCACUGUUAGCAUCGGCAGCGCCGUCCGCAGCAUCAUCAUCCGUGCCACCGCCAUCACCAGUGCCAGCAACUGCAUCGACGUUGACAGGGGUGCCAUCGACAUGGACAGCGGCAUUGACAGCAGCAGCAACAUCGUCGACAGCAGCAGCAACAUCGUCGACAGCAGCAGCAACUUUGUCGACAGCAGCAUCAACUUUGUCGACAGCAGCAGCAACAUCGUCAACAGCAGCAGCAACUUUGUCGACAGCAGCAGCAACUUUGUCGACAGCAGCAGUAACAUCAUCAACAGCAGCAUCAACUUUGUCGACAGCAGCAGCAACAUCAUCGUCGACAGCAGCAACAUCAUCGUCGACAGCAGCAACAUCAUCGUCGACAGCAGUAACAUCGACAGCAGCAACAUUAUCGACAGCAGUAACAUCGACAGCAGCAACAUUAUCGACAGCAGCAUCGCCAGCAGCAACAUCAUCAACAGUAGCAUCAUGGACAGAAACAUCAUUGGCAGCAGCGACAUCGACAGUUUCAUCAACAGAUAUCCCACAUACAACGACAGCAGCACCAGUUCCAACAUCAUCAUUGACAGCAGCCCCAUGCACAUCAACAACAGCUUCAGCAGUAUCAUCAACAGCAGCCUCAGCUACAGCAGCUUCAUCGAUAGCAUCAUUGACAGUAGCGUCAAUGGCAGCAGCACCAUCCACGUUGACAGCGGCAUCGACAGCAGCAGUAGCAUCAUCAACAGCAGUAUCCUCCACAGCAGCAUCGCCGACAUCGACAGAAGUAUCACCGACAUCGACAGAGCCAAUGAUAGCAACAGCAGCACGAAUAACAUCGACAACAGCACCUUUGGCAGCAGCACCAGCGACUGAAAAGCCAGCAUCGGGAAGCGGAGAGGCAGCAUUGCGCA